AUGACUGACCAAAAAUUGGAAAAUAAUGAGCCACAUCUCAAUGAACUGCCCGCUGUGGGUAACUACGAUGGAAAGGAGUUUACGGGAGACAGGAUUUUAGCGACUUCCAAUGCGGAAGCCCUCUUACCAACUAUUUCGCGUAAAGAGGGCGUCGUAACUCCUGACGGAGAGGAGCCGACUGACUUGGAAAAGCGUACUCUGCAACAUAUUCCCGAGAACCUCCCUCUCUCAGCAUGGCUUGUUGCUGCCGUCGAGCUUAGCGAGCGUUUCACAUAUUAUGGGAUGACUGGGGUAUUCCAAAAUUAUAUCCAGCGACCUCUUGAUGGUAGUUUAGGGCGAGGAGCGCUUGGGCUGGGCCGCAAGGGCGCUACCGGCCUUGUUACAUUCUUUCAAUUUUGGUGUUACGUGACGCCUAUAUUUGGAGCUAUUGUUGCAGAUCAAUAUCUGGGGAAGUAUUUGGCCAUUCUCUGGUUUUGUUUCGUGUAUAUCGUUGGCCUUCUUAUCUUAUUCCUGACAUCACUUCCUGUCUCUCUCGAACAUGACGCGGGUCUUGGCGGAUUCAUUGUUGCCAUUAUCAUCAUCGGCAUCGGGACUGGAGGCAUCAAGUCAAAUGUUGCUCCCCUGAUUGCGGAUCAAUAUACCCGAAAGAGGAUGGCCAUUAGAACCAACAAGAAAGGCCAACGCGUUAUUAUCGAUCCAGCUCUUACCAUCCAGCGAAUCUACAUGAUCUUCUACGCCUGUAUUAAUAUUGGUGCCCUAUCUCUUCUCGCCACUCCGUAUUUGGAAAGAGAUGUUGGCUUCUGGUCAGCAUAUCUUCUCGGACUCACUGUAUUCAUCACGGGAACAUCCGUUUUGAUUUUUGGGCGCAAGUUUUACGUCAUCCGCCCUCCAGAUGGAUCGGUCAUUUCCAAUGCCUUUAGGGCUAUCUGGAUCAUGAUCAUCAACCGGAAUAUGGAUGCCCCCAAAUCUUCCUUCCAGGCGGAGCAUGGCAUGGGUCGAUCGUUCCCCUGGAACGACCAUUUCGUGGAUGAACUCAAACGUGCUCUCGUUGCUUGCCAAGUGUUCGCCUUCUAUCCUAUUUACUGGGCUGUUUAUGGUCAAUUCUCUGGAAACUUUGUAGCGCAAGCUGCUCAAAUGGAAGGACAUGGCAUUCCAAACGAUCUAAUGCAAAACUUCGACCCGAUCUCCAUUAUCUUAGUUAUCCCCAUUCUGGACCGCAUAGUAUACCCCAUUCUACAACGGCUUCACAUCUCCUUUCGGCCUAUUAGCCGUAUCACUCUCGGAUUCGUCGUCGGUUCCUUGGCCAUGUUGUACGCAGCCGUCGUGCAGCACCUCAUCUAUUCUACCGGUCCUUGCUUUCAGAACCCACUCUGUGACUUAUCUAAAGUUGACGGUGUCGCACGUGGUAACCAUGUGCACAUUGGUGUUCAGACACCUGCCUAUGUCCUCAUUGGUAUCUCAGAGAUUUUCGCAAGCGUCUCUGGUCUUGAAUAUGCCUAUACCAAAGCGCCACCCUCCAUGAAGAGUUUCGUGCAGGCGAUGUAUCUCCUGACCAAUGCGUUUGGUGCAGCUAUUGGAGAGGUCCUGGUUCCGGCUGCCUAUGACCCAGCCAUUCUGUGGAUGUUUGCCGGUCUUUGUGGCGCGUCGUUGAUUGCGGGCAUCAUUUUCUGGUUCACCUUCCGUAAACUUAAUGACAAAGAAGAGGUGCUGAAUGCGCUGGAUUAUGAUGGAAUGGAGGAGGGUGAGGACGAUCAUACCCAGAGCCAGCCUGAAAAGGAGACGAAGAGCGGAUUGUGA